GGAGAAACCAUCCCCUUUAAAAGCAACUGGGACAUAGCGGAGAGCGAAAAAGGAGAGGAGGGGGUAGAAGAAAGAGGAAUUAAAAAAGAAAAGGAAGAAAGAUACAGGGAGGGAGGGUGAGAGAGAGAGAGAGAGCGAGCGCGCGAUAAAAAAAGAAAGAUGACAUCCUGUGAAUUGAAGCGCCGAGGUGGAGCGGCGGGCUGCGGCCGGGCUCGAGUGUUAUUCUUCAGGGUCAGGGUUUGAAUUCUACAGCGAGGCUUCGACAAACACCCGAUUGGCCUGUCGGGGGAAAUCGAGGGGAAAACACAGAUUUAUCCACAGCAGCCUUUAAGUUUUACUGUUUCAAAUGCGUCAAUCGCAUUACGUGUAACCGUUAUUUUAACGUCUAUAUGCAUCAUCUCCUGUUUUAUAAUGCAUGAUGUUACAGUUUAGAAAUUGAUCUUAACACUGAUUUCGUAUGCAUAUAUAGUUUUAAAGUAAUUUAUAUGAAUAAAUACUACGUUAUUGUGAUUAACGGUUCGGAAAUAAGGGUUAAAGUUAAAUAGCAGCAAAGUGAAAACAGUGUUCACAUUUGCCUGGAAAUCUGGGUUGGUUAUUAAAAAAACAAAAGGUUUUAACCUUUGAAAAAUCUCUGAAAACAUUUCUAAACGUUCACUAUUUGCAAAAUACCGACGAUUUAAAGGACGCCAAUGAGGUGCUAUUAAUCAUAUUAUCGUGUAGUUGAUGAUAUUCAUCGGUCUGGAACAAAAUGGAUGCCGCGUGGAGCAAUUUUCUAUUUCAGACCACACCUUCUCAGACCCAAGUGGAGGGCACCCUCCAAUCAGAACUUCUGACUGUCCACACGACCUCUCCUGAAACCCCACCCACUGAACACAUUGCCCCGCCUCCAUCGACAGUGGACACUGCAGUUCUCAAUGAAGACCAUGUACCUGAGAAACCGGUGUCCAGACCAGCCCGUGCGGCUCAUAUCUGCUCCAUUUGCGGCAAGCAGUUCAAGAACAGCUACAACCUGCGGCGUCAUCAAUCCGUCCAUACUGGCAUCCGCAUGAAGGGGGGCUCCCAGAGCCAAAAUGCUGUGGCCAAAGAGAGUACAGAAAGGCACGCGGUCCCUCUCUCUCUCCUCCACCUCUCCAUGCCCCAGCAGCAACCCCAAACACUUCCUCUUCUGACUGUGCUGCCCCCUCCACACACGCAAGUUCUGGCCACUCAAGAUGGAAACGAAAUUGCCAUGGAGAGUGUGCCAUCCACUGUGACCGCCCUCCCGCCUCCUUCACCCGUUGUCAUAGCAACAGGGGAGUCUUUACAGAGGCCAGUAAACCAGAACCCCAACACUGUGCGUAAAAACCAUGCAUGUGAGACCUGUGGUAAAGCAUUCAGAGACGUGUAUCACCUGAACAGACAUAGGCUGUCCCACUCCGACGAGAAGCCAUUCUCCUGCCCCAUCUGCCAGCAGCGUUUCAAGCGAAAAGACCGCAUGAGCCAUCACGUCAAAUCCCACCAGGGUGGAGUUGAGAAGCCCUACAUCUGCCCACACUGUGCGAAAGCUUUCUCAAGGCCUGAUCAUCUGAACAGUCAUGUCAGACAGGUCCAUUCUUCAGAAAGACCCUUCAAAUGCCCGACAUGUGAAUCGAGCUUUGCCACACGGGACAGACUGAGGGCACACAUGAUCAGACAUGAAGAAAAGGUUCCAUGUCACAUCUGUGGCAAGCUGCUGUCUGCUGCUUACAUCACAGAUCACAUGAGGGUGCACAACCAAUCACAGCAUCACACUUGCCACCUCUGCAAUCGCAGUUUCACCACACUGACGUACCUGCGUGUUCAUGCUCAAAAGCACCACGGUCAGGAGUGGAAGGAGAGCGGAGGAGGGUUCGGCACCUCAGGGUCUGGCGGUGUUCUGGUUUGUCACCUGUGUGGUGUGCACUGCAAGACCCCCACACAGCUGCAAGGCCACAUGGGAACCCAUAAUCCCCCAGUGAGUGACCCCAACCCUAUAACCACCACCACCACCACCAGCGAAGCAUUGCCGGGAAGCACGGUCACUCUGUGCAACAUGGUGUCGACACCUACAGUGUUUUUGAGUGGGAACACGGUGGUGGACCUGCUAGUGACCGACUGCUCCAGCAUCAUCCCGCAACCUCAAAGCUAGCAGAGCAGGCUUGAUCUAUACGCAAGCUAGUAACAAUAUUGACAACGGAGCAUAGUUAAACCUGUAUGACUCAAAAGAGCCAUUUAUAUGAUUAUACACUAAAGAAGCCAAGAAAAAACUGUGAAAGAAAGGAAUUUUAAAUGAAAGGUGCUCAUGUUUUUAUGACAUGCACACACAGGAAAACACGUAUGUACAAUGACAACUGCUGUAGCAUGAUGCAUUUUGAGAAAAAAAAAAAAACACCUGAAUGAUGCACAUAACCAGACACGUAGUUGCAUAACACUUAUCCCUCCUUAAACUAGUUAUAUCUAUAUUUUCUGGUCUUGCUGAGGGGGCAGGAGGACAUUUUUUUUGUCUCUCAAAGCUGUCUUGGUUUGACCAAAAGGAAUCAGGGCAUAGUGGUGGACAAAGACACAAGCAGAGAGGGCAGUUUCUUCAGUGUAACUCAAUCCACUUAGUUGCUUUCUUCUUUUUAUAUUUUUCGUUUGCAUUGGACUCCUUGAUGAUAAUGUGAUGGUGUAUUUCUACUGUACGUCUUCUGCCCAUUGUUAUCAUUUGCUAGACCUGGCUCAGGAUGGAUUUAUAAGGAAAUCAAAAAUUGAAAGAAGGUAGCAAAGUCGCAGGAAUCCAAGAGUUAAACCUCGAAAUGAUUUUUUUUAAUGGCAUGUGUCUUUACUAGCAUGCACACACUAAGUGAUAUGUGUAGUUUUUGUUGUGUGUACUGAUAGUAUCGGUGCAGUACUGGCCAAAUAACUAAACUCGUGUCAGUAUUCAUUUAGCCACGAGUUAAAUGCUUGUGGAAGAUUGUGAUAGAUUCUGCUGUUUGGGUUUGAGAAAGUGACCUUGUAUAGUAAUUACUGUGAUGGCACAACCUGGCAUCAUUUGUUCAUUGCCCACAAAGGACAGGAGAUCAAUUGUAAUACAUUUACAAAAAAAAGUUUAAAAGUGUCAGGUGUUUUGCGUGAAAAAGAUUGAUUACAAGGAAAUCGCAUAAAUGGCAUGAGGUAAAGCGGCCUAAAAUAAAUAAAAUGAUCAUAUCUUAUGAGAAACUAUAGUUGUACAGGGCUCCAGACUAACUUUUUUUACUAGGAGCACAGUGGCCCCCAACUGAAAAUUUUAUAGGCGCAACCACACUGUAAGUCAACAUGCUAUCCAAAUAUUCACAUUUCUACUAAUUUCCACUGUAUUACUAAUAAAUACUUUAAUGAUAGAUGCAGAAAGUACAAUGUGCUGUUUUCCAAUUCAGUGUCAAAUCACAAAAAAAGGUAAAAUUUACUGGUCGCACAUGUGCAACUGGAUGUAAAAUUCAGUGGCAAAAUGCCCCCCUUUGGUGGCAGUCUGGAGCCCUGCUGUGUAUUGUAAAUGAUUUAGUUUGUGCUUGAUGUAAAAACACCCGGAAUUGAUUUUCUAAAGUAUUUGUCAAAAACAAAAUGGAAAAUAGAUUUUAUUUUACAGUUCUAAGACAGUGAUGUUUGCAUUGAGUAUAAGUAUUUGGCCAUGACUGUAUUUGUGGAUGGAUAGGCGUUUGAUGGAUUUGAUAGGCGUGUUUAGUGGCUUAGUGAUACAGCAAUCCCCUUGUCUCUUAAAAUGUUCACGUUUUUCGUCCUCUAUUUCUCUUCUGUGCUUUUUCUGAUUAUUACAUAGAUCACGAUUAAAACUUCGAAAUCUCUACCUGAUUUUUGGAUCAGUUUAGUUUAGUGCUUAUGGAUGAGGCCCCAUCUGGGACAAAUUUGGAGAUCUUUGUACAAUUGUGAUCCUGCCUGCGAAAACCAAGUCGUAAUAGCAUCAAAGUUUGAUUUCAACCAUUUCACCACAUUGAUAUGAACUUACUCAGUCAAUAUUAAAGAUAUCAAGGUUAUAUUUUCACAGAAUGUUUUUACUGUAGACUGAUUUGAUGUAGAAGACUAUAAAACACACACAAAAUAACUUUAACAUGAUCGUAAGCCAGAAUUAGUAGUCUUGAAUCACUUGACAUGCUCAGCAAAUGUUGAUUAAUGACUACUGUGAUCUGAUAAAGAUUUGGGGAGACGGUCCUGCAGUGUUGCUUCCCUUGCCUAUUUGCUUGUGUCUGCUUUUAAACAAGACUUUGCUGUUGUACAGUCUGACAUUAAUGACAGCUGCGAUCCCACAGUGAGACAUGGCUUGUAGCUGGGAUAGCAUUUGUACAGUUUAAGAAGCAGCAAUUGUAAAGGUCUAUGGAAAUUGUGUGUGCACCUACAUUAGCGACUGGCCAUCAAAAAGGAGUGCAACUGCAUUCACUAAGUAUAUUAUCAAACAACUUAUUCGUAGAUGAUGUUUUCCUUUUUUUCUGGUUUGAAUGGUGUGUUUAAUGAAGGGCUUAAUAAUAAUUGUUUAAGUGUAAUUGAGAAUAACACAGAGACGUUAAACUCUUUACUAGGUCAAGGUUUCAAAACAGUAUAGAAAAAGAAUUGUCUUGGUUCCUGGAUUUGUACUGGAGUGUUUGAUCAGUUUAGUGUUGGUACUGUAUACUGAUAUACCUGGUUAGACUCAUUUUAAAAUGAAACUUGUUCUUCCUGUUUAAAAAAUGUAGUUGUUUUUAUAAAAGUAAAAUUUUAUUUAGGUUCGUUGAUAUGAAAUAAUACCUCUAAUCUCUGUAAGCUCUGACAAUGCAUCUUAAUGCCAUAUUGUACACUACCGCAUUUAAUUCGUCAAACUCUGAAACUGUUUUAAAUUCUAGUCAGUGAACAGGAAAAGAACAAUGAUGGGAUGUAUUUAUAUUUAUAUUUUUAUAUUUCUCCGCAGUAUGCAUGUCUAUAUACAGAGCAAAACAAAAUGUUGAUGCUUACCAUGACCAUUAAUAUUGUUAUUAUUAUUUUGUAGAUUAUGUUAGACCAUGUUAUCAUUUUGUAAUUUUGACUAUUAAAAAGAAAAUUAGGUCAUUCUCUCUGGGUCAAGCGAGUAGUAAUGUGAACAUUUGAGUGCCGAUGUGAGCUGAUGUGUUUGUGUGUAAGAGGUCUGACCCUGAUUUUCUGUUUCCAUUAACUUCGCCUAUAAAAAUAAUCCAUAUCAUUUACCAAAACUUCUGGCUUCCUGAAGUUUAAAUGGGGCUAUAUUCACUGAGAAAACUGAAGUAAAAUUGUAGAUUAAA